CAGAAAAAUUUCCUUUUCAUAUUGAAAGAAUCUUAUGAUAACUGAAGAUAUAGUAAUUGCUUGGACACACUCAAUAAUUUUAUAAUGUACGAUAUGGAACACUAGACAGGCAAGCCACUCUGGAUAUAUACUAUAUUCCAAUGACUUUCUUGAUGGAGAUAAGCUUCCUUUUUCUUCUUCAAGUCUUGGAUCUUAAUCUUAUAAUGUAUUUGGUGACAAACCACCAGGAAUCUAGGGCUUUGUUUCCCAUGAGAUUCAUGGCCUGAGACGAAGAAGGAAAGGGGCACUGAAAAAUAAUGGAUGUGGGGGUUUCUUGGGCGGACAGUUUUCACUGAAAACUAGGGAAGCUUUUGUAUUUUUCUUCUGCUCUGUUGUGUAUCCCUUUUUAACUGAUUUUGCAGUCUUGGCCAUGUGUAAAGAUAGACAUGCUUUCGGCAUUCUCUGGCCUUUCUUUUGUAGGAUAACUUUCACAUCAUAAAAUGCUGUACAGGUUUUUCUGCGGGUGGAAAAAGGACUGAAGGUGGCCCUUGAGGCCUCCAGUGGAUCAGAACACUGCUGUCUUCGAGCUAAAAUCUCUUUCCCUGAAGUCUCGGCCUCUGGUUUUGGAGUUGAGGAAGUCUUUAUUACUCUACAAAGGAGGGAAUUCCAGAGAAAUGGAUGGAAAGGAGGUUUCUGGUUCGUAUUUGAUGGUCUCGGAAGGGAAGAGUGACAGCUUCUAUCCAAUGUAUUUUGGUGUUUCUUGUGCUUUCUUAGCCCUCAAAGUUUUGACGAGGCCUGAUAAGGAAGACGAUAGAUGGUCAGAAUUAUGCGAUAAAAUGCUUCAAGGAAGCGCACAACUCCUGGGAUUGCUUGUUUGGAAAAUCCAGAGAGGAGGAGCAAAUGGACAGUGUGAGCUUCUUCAUAAGCUGGAGACUGCUGAGAAAGAGAUCAUGGAGCUGAAGAAAAUAAGGUGCGAAGAUGCGAAAGCGAACGAGAAAGUUGUUAGUAUCUAUGCAUCGCAAGAGCAGAACUGGUUGAUCGAAAGGAAGAAGCUUCGGCAGCACAUUGGAGCUCUUAUGAAUGAAUUGAGGUUUCUCGAGAAGAAGAAUGAAGAAGCUAUUUCUGAAUUGAAUGAAAAAUUGAACGAGAUGGAACUUUUGGUGCAGUCCAAGGAUAAGGCAGUAGAGGAAGAAGAGUAUAAGAGGAAGGAGUUGGAAGAAAAAUUAGCAAAGACCGAAAAGAUUGCAGAAGAAUUGAGAGAAACGGCAAAGCGUGAAGCUCAAGAGCAUUCUACUGAUCUUUGGAAGCACAAAACCGCCUUCCUUGAGCUGGUAUCGAACCACCGGCAGCUUGAAGCUGAGAUGGGUAGAGCACUUAGGCAGCUUGAAGCUAAAAGGCAAGAGCUUGAUUCAGUCUUAGAACAAAAGGAGGAGUCAGUGUUGCUGACUCAAAAAUUGUCCAUGGAAGUUGUGAAGAUGAGAAAGGAUUUGGAACAGAAAGAUAAGAUCUUGUCAGCAAUGCUGAGGAAAUCCAAGAUGGAUACAACUGAAAAGGAACUGCUCUUAAAGGAGGUUAAAUUAUCAAAGGCUAAAAGAAAGCAAGCUGAACUAGAAAGAGAAAGGUGGAAAUCUGUUUCAGAGUCUAAGCACGAGAGACAUUCAUUAAGAAGUAUGUUUUCUCACCACGCCAACCUGAGAUCGGAUGAUCCUCCAAUUGAAACAGGGGCAUCACAAGCUGUGAACGGCAGAUCACAGUCAAUUGAUUAUGAUAUUGAGUAUGAGAAUCCUGAGUUUCAAAAGAACUCGGAAGCUUUUUCGCCACUUUCUAACCUCUAUUCACCCGGAGGAAAUGAUGAACUAGCUAUUACAGCUGAUGUCAAACGGUUGGAAGGAUGGGUUCGAUCAGAAGCACAAAAGUAUGCAGCUGCAAUUGAGAAGAAGCAUCAUCUAGAGAUAGGUGCUUUUGCAGAACAGAUGAGACUCAAAGAUGAGAAAUUAGAAGCAUUUCGUUGGCGAACGCUGAGCAUGGAAAUAGAAUCAAAGCGACUGCAGUCUCACAUUGAAGGGCUAAACCGGGAUGUUUCACAGAUAAGGCAUGAGAGCAUGAAACUGGAAGCCUUGUUGUUGGAGAGGCAAGAAGAAAUAACUGAAUUGAAAAGGCAGUUCAAGGUACAAGUAAAACCUCAGUUUUGCCAAAAGGCCAACUUAAGUUCAUCUCUAGAGGAUCUGGCAUUAGUCCAUGAUGCCAUUUGUUCCAAUGCCAAGAAUGUAAUGAAAGAACCAACAGAGAAUGAUCAAGAGACAAAAGUACAUCAGAUGGAAACAUCUCGAGAGAUGGAUCCUGAAAAAGAAGAAGACGAUGAAGAAGGCCUUCACAACCAGUUCAAGAAUGUGGUUAAAACUGUCCAGUCUCCAGAAAAAGAGUUUGAGGAAGAGAAGGAUGUUGCCAGCCAAGGUGGUACUCGGGAAGAAAGUGCGAGUCCAGUGGUGGUUGAUACAGUAGAAAAGUUAGCAUUGACUAGCCAGUCAUCGAUGAAGACAAAUAAUUCACCAUGGAGGAUGGAUCUCCAUGCUCUUGGAGUUUCUUAUAAGAUAAAGAGGCUGAAGCAGCAACUUCUAAUGCUGGAGAGACUGGCAGGAAAGCAAGACAGUGGUGAACAUAUAGGAAACAGUGAUGAGGCAAAAACUGGGAUAAAGGGCUUCAAAUUAUUGAUGUCUUUGCUUAAUAAACAAGUUAACAGGUACCAGUCACUUCAAGGGAAGACCGAUGAACUCUGCAAAAGGAUGCAUGAUAAUGAUGUGGACAUGAGUCGAGGAGAUUCCAACACUAGCACCGCCAGGAAAAAGGAAGAAACUAAAACAUUAGAGCAUUUCCUUGAGGAAACAUUUCAGGUUCAGAGAUACAUGGUUGCAACAGGACAGAAACUGAUGGAAGUUCGGUCCAAGAUUGCAUCUGGUUUUGUCGAGGUCCCUGAAGAGCUCGAAAAAUCUGCUGGAAGCUUUGACAUAAAGCGUUUUGCUGAAAACAUAAAAAUUCUUUUUCAGGAAGUUCAAAGAGGUCUUGAAGUUCGGAUUUCUCGAAUUAUUGGUGAUCUUGAGGGCACUCUAGCUUGUGAGGGAAUGAUUCGUAUGAGAAGGUAGUGAUAGACGAAUAGGAAGUAUAAAUGUUUAUACUGAUAUAUGUAUGAAUCUAUGGUUGAAUUUUUGUUUAGGAAAGCCACAUGCAAUUUAUUACAAAGUUCGCCUUUUA